CUCCCGGAAGUCUUCAAUGUUUUCCGGUAUACGGUGCAGUACGUGAAGAACCUUGCUAAUGUUAGCUAUCGAACCAUAUUUACUGCUACAAGAACAACAUGAUAAUCUUGUCUGAUCUUUGAAAAAAAAAAGAAUGUCGAUGUCACACCUGUACGGACGGAGGGAGGCGGAGGAGGAAGGCGUAGAGAUUGAAAAUUUCGAGAUCACAGAUUGGGAUUUGGCCAAUGAGUUCAACCCAGACCGCCGGAGACACAGACAGACCAAGGAGCAAAUGACUUAUGGCAUCUGGGCAGAAGGGGACUCUGAUGAUGAGAGACCCAGUUUUGGAGGAAAGAGAUCUAAAGACUACACUGCGCCAGUCAAUUUUGUGAGUGCAGGAUUAAGAAAAAACGCAUCUGAUGAAAAACAGCAAAGGGAAGAAGAAGACGACUCUGAUAAUUCAGAUGAUGACACUCCUUCGACACCACUACCUCCUCGAGUUUCAAUAUUAAAGAAGCCUCAGAAGGGUAAUUUACGAGGAAACCAGUCUCAGAGGUUUGCAGGUGGUAUCCAGGCUGGACAAGGAAUUGGCUCCUGGGAGAAACACACGAAGGGAAUUGGGCAAAAGCUGCUGCAGAAAAUGGGCUAUCAACCGGGCCGAGGCUUGGGCAAGAAUGCUCAAGGUAUUAUCAAUCCUAUCGAGGCGAAGGUUCGCAAAGGAAAGGGAGCUGUGGGUGCAUAUGGCAAUGAACGAACCCAACAGAGUAUUCAGGAUUUUCCUGUGGUCGACUCGGAGGAGGAGGAGGAAAAGGAGUUUCAGAAGGAACUCGGUCAAUGGCGUAAAGAUCCGGCUGCCACUGGAGCGAAGAAGAAACCAAAGUAUAGCUACAAAACUGUCGAGGAACUGAAGGCUAAAGGCAAACUUGCCGGGCGCAGCACAGGAGUAUCUGCUGGUGAGCUGGCGCAAGUCAAGGUAAUUGAUAUGACUGGAAGAGAGCAAAAGGUAUAUUCUAGUUACAGUCAGAUGUCCAACAAGCACAGUAUGCCUGAAGAGGGUCCACCAAGCAUGUCCGCGCGAGAUCAGAAAGGAUCCGGCUUUGCACUUCCUGAACUUGAACAUAACCUCCAACUAUUGAUUGACCUUACGGAACAAGACAUAUUGCAGUCGGCCCGCCGGCUGCAGCACGAAAAGGAUGUGGUUGUGUCGCUGAGCCACGAGUCGAAGGCGCUGCAGAGCAGGCUGGACGAAGAGGAAGACGCCAUCCACAGAAUGGAAGCGGUGCUGGCUUUAGUCGACCGUUUCCCAUGCGGCGAGACGGCGCCAGGGGAGGGACCCACUUUGCAGGAGUGCGCCCACAUCUUUGAGACUUUGCAGACGGACUAUUAUGAAGAAUAUAAUACGAUGGGUUUGGCUGACUUGGCGGCAGCUGUUGUUCAUCCAUUACUCAAAGAGAAACUCUUCUGCUGGGAUCCAUUGAAGGACUCUUCUUAUUGCCUGGAAGAGGUUGGCAGGUGGAGGGCAAUUCUCGAAUCGAGAAACCUUAUCACCGGUGGGCAAGAUUCAAAGAUGGACCCUUACCACAGGCUGCUUUGGGAAGUUUGGGUCCCAGUGAUGCGGUCCUCUUUGUCCGGAUGGCAGCCUCGCAUGGUCGGGCCAAUGGUGGACUGUGUUGACUUGUGGUCUCCUCUUCUUCCGCUUUGGAUCUCGGAUCACUUGCUCGAGCAUCUUAUUUUACCUCGGCUGCAGCGAGAGGUGGAUACCUGGAACCCCUUAACUGACACAGUGCCCAUCCACUCUUGGAUCCACCCCUGGCUGCCUCUGCUCCAAUCACGUCUCGAGCCUCUUUACGCGCCCAUCAGGAGCAAAUUAGCCAAUGCUUUGCAGCGAUGGCACCCCAGCGACGCCUCGGCACGCCUCAUCCUGCAACCGUGGAAAGAUGUCUUUACUCCGGGUGCUUGGGAGGCCUUCAUGGUGAAAAACAUCAUCCCUAAACUAGCUCUGUGUCUGGAGGAGCUGGUUAUAAAUCCUCACCAGCAGCAAAUGGAACCCUUUCACUGGGUGAUGGACUGGGACGGCAUGCUUUCCCCCUCCAGCCUGGUCUCCCUGCUGGACAAAAACUUCUUUCCAAAAUGGCUGCAGGUCCUGUGUUCAUGGUUGAGCAACAAUCCUAAUUAUGAGGAAAUUACCAAGUGGUACCUCGGUUGGAAAACCAUGUUCAGUGACGCCUUGUUGUCACAGACACUGAUAAAAGAAAAGUUCAACGAAGCGCUGGACAUCAUGAACCGUGCGGUAUCUUCAGGAAUGGGUGGAUACAUGCAACCCGGUGCAAGAGAAAACAUUGCCUACCUCACGCAGACGGAGAGAAGAAAGGACAUCCACUACGAGGCCAUGCAAGAGCGCAGGGACGCCGAAAGUGUUGCUCACAGGGGGGCCACCGCCACCGUGCCCACAAACUUUAAAGAUCUCAUCCAGACCAAGGCAGAGGAGAACAAUAUCGUGUUCAUGCCCAUAGUGGCAAAACGCCAUGAAGGCAAACAGCUGUACACGUUUGGGCGUAUAGUCAUCUACAUAGACAGGGGGGUCGUAUUUGUGCAAGGGGAGAAGACGUGGGUUCCCACAUCUCUCCAGAGUCUGAUAGAUAUGGCUAAGUGAUUAUGAAUAGGCCUGCUGCUCAUGUAAAAAUGAAGCGGUGCGGAAUAAAUGUUCUCUUUUUGUGUAAUUCCACCAAGUAGCAUCACAAUGUUUGUACACUUUCAAAAAAAUAUAUUUAGAAUUACAAAUAAAUGCUUUUUAUGUAUAUACUGUA